AGAAUGCUAAUAACUCAGUGUCUGCUAAGAAUCUGGCUGAAGGUGUCCUACAAAGCAAGUCUGGUGGUGAAGAAAUUCUGCAGGAGUAUGAAACUACAGAAACCUUAACUGAUGCCACAAGAAGACAAAUGGUGAACAUACUGGUGGCUGACAUGAUUGAUAAACAUGGGCACCUCCCCACUAAAGCAAUCAGAGAGAAGUAUGCCUUUGGAAUAGUGACGCUCUUCCCAUCCCUCAAGGAUCCAUACACCAAAAAAGGCUAUAUUGAUCAAGACUUCAGUCUUCUGUUCAGUGAAGAAACCUCAUCCAGACUGCUGCAGAAGUGGGAUGUGAUCUUCAAACCAAAUGUCAUCAAGGAGGCUAAGCGUUUAACUUCUACACCUGAGUUGAGAAGUUUGGUGCAGUCAGUGGAAAGUCUUCAAAGCGAUGACCUCUCUAACACAUCUAGCUAUGACCAAGAAAUGGCGUCGCUGUUACUUCUCUUACAUCUCCUUCAACCGCAACCAGGCGGACAGAAGUCUCCAAAAAUCAGUGCAAGUGAUGCAGUUGAGAGACUUGUUGUCUUUCAUAAGUCAUGCUGCAGUUUAGAGGAGCAUCUCCAGGGUCAACGGGGUCUGCAGCCAUUCCUCCUUGAUGUUGGGCAUCAGAACAUUUCACUUAAAGAUGAAGAUGUGGUCAACAAAGAAAUGCUUCAAAUGAUUUCAUCAGGAGAUGUUUUUUCAACCAACUGGGUUAGAGUUGAGGAUGCUGAAUGCAGAUAAGGACUUGCUGUUUGCAGCACAAUUCAAGAUGAGAUGCCAGUAUUUUGUCAGAUAAGUGAUGUACUUUUAGUUGACAAUACCUUUCCUUUGUUAUCUAAACCGCUAUUCACAGAAACAUUUGAUGAUCAUCAUCAUGCUUUCAGGAUUGUUCAAAGUGAAGAAAGGCAUUUAGUAAAAAUCCCUGAACUUAAAUUUCAUAAGACUUUUGAUAUUCAAAACUCUUAUGGCGUUUCUAAUGAAUGUUUGUUCAUUGUACCACAAUUUAAAAUGUUGGAAACACAGCUGCAAAAAUAAAGUGUUCAAAAUUGAUUUACUUGUGUCAAUUUUUUUUUCUUAAUAAUUAUUAUAAUUAAUCAUAAAGUAACUUUUUUUGGAAUAAUAACACUUGAAAGUGUUAAAUCAACACUAACAAAGUGGUACAUUUUUGUUCUUGGAUCAGUGUUAUCCAUUAUAUCCCACAGUGUUAAAUGAACCCUGUUUUGUGAGUUAAAUAAGUAACUCUGAUAAAGUGUUAAAAUUUUAACUAUUUUGAAAGUGUUAAUUUAACUCAGAAAGAGAGUGGACUAUAUAAACACUGAAAAAGUGUUAAAAUCAAAUCUGUGGGAG